GACACGCAACACACACCAGCAGCGACUUCAUUCCUCUGCAGACUAACUUACUUUACUACGCUAUAACGCAUUUAACGUCUUAACAGCGUCCGCGUCGCCUGCAGGACUCCAGCUCUCGUGUCAGUGCGCGCGCUCGGACCUACUUCCCCGCGCGGAGGAGUCCGUCCCGCAGCUCGAGACAGAGACUGAGAGAAAGUGAGAGACGGAUAGAAACACAGCCAGAGCGAGAGCGAGAGUCCGAGACUCUUAUCUAACGGGCCCGAGCGCAGUCAGUCACACAACUCUUCAUCUUCCUCGUCACCGGUUUGUCCGGCUCGCGGCGCUGGAAAAUGGCGCAGAUUCUGCCCAUCCGCUUCCAGGAGCAUCUGCAGCUGCAGACGCUGGGUGUGAAUCCCGCCAGCAUCAGCUUCAGCUGUCUGACGAUGGAGUCGGACCGCUUCAUCUGCAUCAGAGAGAAAGUGGGUGAGCAGAACCAGGUGGUCAUCGUCGACCUGAGCGACCCCACCAACCCCAUCCGCCGGCCGAUCACAGCGGACAGCGCCAUCAUGAACCCGGCCAGCAAAGUCAUCGCACUGAAAGCCGGACGGAUGCUACAGAUCUUCAAUAUCGAGAUGAAGAGUAAAGUGAAAUCUCACAGUAUGACGGAGGACGUCCUCUUCUGGAAAUGGAUCUCUGUUAACACCAUGGCUUUGGUUACGGACACCGCCGUUUUGCAUUGGAGCAUGGAGGGAGACUCUCAGCCAAUCAAAAUGUUCGAUCGUCACGCCAGCCUCGCAGGAUGUCAGAUUAUCAACUACAGAACAGACGAUCAGCAGAAAUGGCUGCUGCUCAUCGGUAUAUCAGCUCAGCAAAACCGCGUGGUCGGUGGCAUGCAGUUGUUCUCUGUGGAGCGUAAAGUGUCUCAGCCCAUCGAGGGUCACGCUGCGGCGUUUGGACUCUAUAAACUGGAGGGAAACCCAAAUGCGUCGACGCUCUUCUGCUUUGCCGUCCGGGGUCCCGCUGGUGGAAAGCUGCACGUCAUCGAGGUUGGUCAACCUCAGGCAGGUAACCAGCCCUUCGCUAAGAAAGCAGUGGACGUGUUCUUUCCGCCUGAAGCACAAACAGAUUUUCCUGUGGCCAUGCAGGUCGGUCUGAAGCACGGUGUGAUCUACCUCAUCACUAAGUAUGGUUAUCUCCACAUGUAUGAUCUGGAGUCAGGCGUGUGUAUAUACAUGAAUCGCAUCAGUGCUGAAACCAUAUUUGUCACGGCCGCUCACGACAGCACGUCUGGAAUCAUUGGGGUCAAUAAGAAGGGUCAGGUUCUGUCGGUGUGCGUCGAAGAGGAGAACAUAGUGAAGUAUGUGACCCGCGUGCUGCAGAAUCCCGAGCUGGCUUUGCGGAUGGCGUCACGCAGUGAUCUGUCUGGAGCUGAGGAGCUCCUCACACACAAGUUCAACACUCUCUUCUCUCAGGGCGAUUACACCGAGGCGGCUCGAGUCGCUGCGUCAGCUCCCAGGGGGAUCCUACGAACCGCAGAGACCAUCCGCAGGUUCCAGUCGGCGCCGGCUCAGGGUGGCAGGGCGUCUCCGCUGCUGCAGUAUUUCGGGGUUCUGUUGGACCGCGGGCAGCUGAAUAAACUGGAAUCACUGGAGCUCUGCCGGCCCGUGGUGGAACAGGGCAAAACCCAGCUGCUGGAGAAAUGGCUGAAGGGAGAGAAGCUGGAGUGUUCAGAGGAGUUGGGUGAUUCGGUGAAGGCCGCUGACGUCACGCUGGCGCUCAGCGUUUAUCUCCGAGCAAACGUUCCCGCUAAAGUCAUUCAGUGCUUUGCAGAGACAGGA